ACAAACUUUGUGUGCGGUGCGCUGUGCCGCUCUGUUGAUUUAUUGCACAAAAUCUUCGGAAAAUCACCAAGUAUUUGUAAUGGCUAGUAAUGAAGGGAUUCGCUGUUCUAUUCGUGGUCAUGUGACUGGCGAUUGCUUUAGCGGGUAUUUAGUGAAGAUGAAGGAUGCUGCUACGAGUCCAAUUGAUUGGAGUGAUGAUGAACUUAUCGAGUCCAAGUCUAAAGCCGAAGACAAUUUGAAGCCUCAGCCGGAUGGAAAAGCCAAUGGGUGUUUAGGUUCAGUAGAGCUGGUUGAAGUACGCGAGACCCUGCAUAAAUUGUUGAGUGAAAAUAAGAAAAUAUUGGAUAAACUACCCCCGUUUCCGGGAAAUGAAAAUACAUCGAAUGCUCCAAGUGAGCCGUACCCUGAAGUUCCGGCAGUAGCAGAACCUCUCGAAAGUCCUAAGCGCAAAAGAUCUGAGUCCCAAAAAGUUUACGGAGCUAAAGAGUCUAAAAAAGAGCCCAAAGGUACUUGUUGCAGCAUUUGCAACCAAAUAUUUGGACGGAAAUGGUCUUACAGGCGUCACAUGAUUACGCAUUCAGGAACUCUAAAUCAGCGGAAGAUUUACGAGUGUGAUGUCUGUCAAAAGAGUUUCGUAAGUGAUCAAAGUCUCUGGACACAUAAGAAUUUGCAGCAUUAGCUAAUACCCAAAGAGAUCUCCAGGAAGACAAAGUGAAGUCCAUUAAAAAGAGAGAGAAAUUAAAAUGCUUUUAUUUUAGAAUGAAUUGAAAGUGUCGCUGCU